AUGUAUGCACGAGCAAAUCUGGAGGCUCGGCAGGUUUCCUUCUACUUGUACAACCCUUGCGAGAAGGGUGUCAACCUGUACAAUGCAGACAAGCCAGCUUUCUCCAUGACGUGGAACGCAGACAGGACAGAAUGGCGAAUUAUGCAGGAAAGGUGCGAGAACUGCCAGUUUGCACCAAAGCACCAAACCUGCUCUUGCUACGGAAAGCAGCAGGUCGCGUGGAUCCGGCACCACAGGAAGCCUGUUGGUGAUGGCAUCUUCAAUUGCAUGGAGAUUCACGUGCCGGGAUUGUAUUCGGAUGGCAGCAGAGUUGUCUGGUGUCCACUUCUUGGCAGAGGGGACCUGUCCGUUCCUGUGGAUGAAAACUAUGAGGCUCAGCGAUUGAUCACCAAGCAGCCGUCUUGGAACGACGAAGUCGAGAGCCUUGUGCUGGAUUUCAAGGGCCGGCACAUCCUUUCUUCUGCUAAGAACUUCCAACUUGCCCUGUCGCAGAAGCCUGAGCACGUCCUUUGCCAGUAUGGCAAGAUUGGUCCCCAGACAUUUAGCUUGGAUUUCAAGUAUCCACUCAGCGUGGUCCAGGCCUUUGGCAUCUCGUUAACGACUCUGUUCUGGACUUGA